UGCCACCGGCGCUCGAGAUCACCGGGUGACGGUACUGCGCGUGCUUUAGUCUCAUCACAGAAUGACGGCGGCAGGACGCUCCCGAUGAACCUCUGAACCGGGCCGGGAUCGCUCAGUCGGUUUGGAUCGCACUUUAAGGGCUGGUUUUGAACUUCAGCGCAACCGGGGAUGAAUAUCCGUCCCAGGCGCUCGGAAAACACUUUCCCUUUAUUCGUUGCGCUACACGUUCGUUAUGAACGCGACCCAGCCUGAACUGGCCGACAAAUAAAACUAAUUCCCGCAGAGAUGGCCCCGCGGCUUUGAUCUUCGCGACCGGGCAGAGCAGCGCAACAGGACGCGCGUGAUGCGAAACUGAAGCUGCUCAGGUGAGAAGCAUCGGCAUCUCCGCUCCCCGUCACCUGAGAUGGCCAUCAACAAAACCGGCUCCAUGCGCGAUUCGGAUGGUUUUUCCGUCCUGGAGCAGCUGGGACUGGACCAGAACUCAGAUUUGUCAGACUCCUGCGUGCAGCAGCGGUUGGACGAGCAGCGAGAGAAGAUCCGGAGGGAGAUCCGUAAGGAGCUGAAGAUAAAAGCGGGCGCGGAGAACCUGCGACGGGCCACCACCGACAAACGCAACGCCCAGCAGGUGGAGAGCCAGUUACGCAGCUCCAGCCGCAAACUAGACACGCUCCACGCUCAACUGCAAGAGCUGGAUGCCCACAUCGUGGUCAAGGGUCACGACGACAGCAAAGAUGACCUUCAGUCUCUCGGGACGCCAGGUCGCUCCUCAGCCAAUCAGGACAGGAUUAAAGCUCUGGAGCGACAGCUCAACAUUGAACUCAAGGUCAAACAGGGGGCAGAGAACAUGAUCCCCAUCUACGCCAAUGGGGUUACCAAGGAUAAAAAGCUGCUCCAGUCAGCUCAGCAGAUGCUGCAGGACAGUAAAACGAAGAUCGACAUCAUCCGUAUGCAGAUUCGUAAAGCCAUGCAGGCCACCGAACAGACAGAAGACACUCAGGGUAAGCCGGAUCUGUGUGGGGUGGAGCUCCGUAUCGAGGAGCUCUGGCAUCAUUACCGUGUUGAACAUGCCAUGGCCGAGGGCGCCAAAAACAUGCUGAGGCUUCUGGGAGCUGGAAAAGCACAGGACAAGAAGGCCAUUGCUGAGGCUCAGUCUCGCCUCAGCGAAGCGUCCCAGCGCCUAGAUCUUCUGCGGGUGUCGUUAGAGCAGCGUUUGGUCAGUCUGCCGGAAGACCAUCCCAAAGUGUGUCUGAUCAAGGAGGAGUUAGUGCUGGCCUCGUCGUCGGCCUUCAGCUCUCGUCACAGCGCCCCCUAUGUCCACAAUCAGUACAGCACCCUCAGCAAACCGUCGCCGCUCACCGGGACGCUGCAGGUGCGUCUGCUGGGGUGCGUGGGCUUGCUGGAGGUGGUCCCGGGCCGCAGUCGCACCUCUCCGCUGGUCUUACCUCACAGUCCCGGGGACGGACGGCCCUUCAAGCUCACUCUGAGCAGCAGAAACAGCAGCUUCAGCCUGAAGAUUCCCAGCAAGAGCGAAGAGCUGUCCUCGGAGGUGAGCGCCGUGUUGAAGCUGGAGAACUGUGUGGUGGGACAGACGUGCUGGAAGAGUGUGGGGGAACAGACCUGGGAUCAGACCUUCACUCUGGAGCUGGAGAGAUCCAGAGAGAUGGAGAUCGCCGUGUACUGGAGGGACUAUCGCUCGCUCUGUGCUCUCAAGUACCUGAAGCUGGAGGACUUCCUGGACAAUCAGAGACACAGAAUACAGCUGGAGCUCGAGCCUCAGGGACUGCUGCUCGCCGAGGUGAUGUUCUUCAACCCUGUGAUAGAGCGAGGUCCACGUCUCCAGCGGCAGAGGAAGGUGUUUUCCAAACAGCAGGGUAAAGCGUUCCUGCGAGCCAAACAGAUGAACGUAGACAUGGCGACGUGGGUUCGUCUGCUGAAGAACGCCAUCCCCUUGAGCUCCUCCACACACAGCUUCACACACCACAGCAGCAGUGAGAUUUCCGUCCAGAAGAUCCAGCUGGACGCUGACUCUCCUCCGUCCGCGACGAGGAAAAACACACAGACGUCAAACGCGGUGGACGUUAGCCCAGUGUCCGAGCCGGUCUCUCCUCCUGAUCCUGCUCCUCCGGAGAGGGUUGUCAGGAAGAGUUCCCAUAACUCCCAGCGCAGGCCGUCCAAAAGCUCUCUGUCUCUUCAGGAUUUCCGAAUGAUCGCAGUGCUGGGCCGAGGACAUUUUGGCAAGGUGCUGUUGUCUGAAUACAAACGCUCAGGGAAGGUGUACGCCAUCAAAGCACUGAAGAAAGGGGACAUCGUGGCACGGGACGAGGUGGAGAGCUUGAUGUGCGAGAAGCGAAUCUUCGAGACGGUGAACGGCGCACAGCAUCCGUUCCUGGUCAACCUGUUUGCGUGUUUUCAGACGUCAGAACACGUGUGUUUCGUGAUGGAGUACACGGCCGGCGGAGAUCUGAUGAUGCACAUACACGCCGACGUCUUCUCUGAAACACGCUCUGUGUUUUAUUCUGCAUGUGUGGUUUUGGGGCUUCAGUUUCUUCAUGAUAAUAAGAUUGUGUAUCGAGAUCUGAAGCUGGAUAACCUGCUGCUGGACACAGAAGGUUAUGUGAAGAUCGCAGACUUUGGUCUUUGUAAAGAGGGAAUGGGUCAUGGCGACAGAACCAGUACAUUUUGUGGGACUCCGGAGUUUCUUGCUCCCGAGGUUCUGACAGACACGUCCUACACCAGAGCUGUGGACUGGUGGGGUCUUGGUGUGCUCAUUUACGAGAUGCUGGUUGGAGAGUCACCGUUCCCAGGUGACGAUGAGGAGGAGGUGUUCGACAGCAUUGUAAACGAUGAAGUACGUUACCCAAGAUUCCUCUCUACCGAGGCCAUUGGUAUCAUGAGACGGCUGCUGAGGCGUAAUCCUGAGAGACGACUAGGCUCCAGCGAGAAAGACGCAGAGGACAUCAAGAAACAACCCUUCUUUAGAACUAUGGACUGGGAUGCGCUUUUGCAGAGGAGAGUCCCUCCUCCCUUCGUUCCCGCAGUGAAGGGAAAAGAAGACGUCAGUAACUUUGACGCCGAGUUUACGAACGAAGCUCCGGCGUUGACGCCUCCUCGAGAACGCCGGACCCUUUCACGGAAAGACCAGGACUACUUCAGGGACUUUGACUAUGUCUCUGACUUCUGCUAGGACACGAGUGCACAUACUGACGCUGCUAGGUAUGGGAGAUGUGGUUCUCGCAUUCCUAGUCCCUAUGAAGGCUGCUUGGCAUGAGGACUAACGAUUCCUCAGAGGCUUCCUGCCAAUGGAACAUGAGUUUGUUCAACAUGAAAACCAUAAAGAGAGUAAGAGUACUGAGCCCAUAAGAGUGUCUGGACUCCAUCUGACUGUAGGAGGUACAUCAAACAUAAAGAGAUUCGUGAAGGCAUAUAACGUGAAGCUCUGAAAGCUGGCAACUAAGAUGCUUUCUUGCCCUGUUUGCAAAGAGGCAGUAUUUUUCAAAUGGUCAGUCAGCCUCAUUCAUGAUGUUAUCCUUAGCAACUGAUGCUAAUGAAGUCAUUAAUCUUGUGAAAAGAGUGCUGCAGGAAUGACUAAUUUUUGUAGGCCAGUGCACCCGUCUGGUUCCAUCACUGUGAAAAAAACGUUUUUUGCUUGUUUUUGAGCGGACUUUUGGUUAAAUGUCCGAAGGUCUGGGGUUAACCCAAGCUCAGCGUAUUUUCACAGCAUAAAGUGCAUCAAUAAUACCCCCUUGACUCGAAAAAAGCAUUUGUUAACGAGUGUCUAAAUGAUACCGCAGAAGUUGUUGGGGACAUUUCCUGUUCAGCAGUGCACAAGGUCGUACCAUUUAUAAUUGUGCCCUCGCAAGCGUUUUAAAUAAUGACUGAAAUAGUUGUUUCAAAUUGUAGUGGUGUAGUUUAUUCAUAGCCUACUUUUCAUAGCUGUUUACUUCUAGUGGCUUCGGCUUCAAAAUUCACAUAAGUUGUUAGAGUAUCAUAAUGAGCGAAAUAUGUACAAUUUUGUUGGUUACAGAGCUCAUUUUCUACAAUAAUCCAAGAACUAAUGAAAACAUCCUACUGGGUUUUUGUGGAAGGAACCGGGGUGAUACAAACUUAUGGGUCGCCGGCCUACAAAAAAACGCAUCACUUCAGUACUCAACUUAUUGAAUAGAAGAGCAAAGUUUCAUUGGACUGACCCAGGUUAAAUUACCUUUUCCUGUCUGUCUGCCAUUUUUUGUGACCAGUGCAUCCAUGUAUCACACACAAUCCAAUCCAGACUGUUUACUUCUGUAAUACACUCAUUUAACCAGACGAGGGCGGCAGAAGGUUUGAGAUGAAUGGAAACACUGUCGUGUCAGGUGUUGGUUGUUUUGGGAUCUGUGAGUUUGAAUGUGUUCACUGUGUUAUGAGCAUGUGUGAAAGGGAACACCAACCUAUAGAUUUGUAUUUUUUAGACAUUCUGUUUUUCUUUCUCACUGAAACUUGACUAAUUAUGGAAAUGCUAUGCCUGAUUAUUACUAUAUUAAACAACUCAACUCUU